AGGCUGCACAAGGGACAGGACACUGCCUCCUCCUGGUCCCCCAGGCCCUUGAAAGAGGAGACCCUCCUGCGGCCCCAGGGAGGGCUGGCAGUGGUAGGAAGGCGGCAGAAGCCUCACAGCCCCCACCAGGCGGGAGCCAUGGAUAAGUUCCGCAUGCUCUUCCAGCACUUCCAGUCCAGCUCCGAGUCGGUGAUGAAUGGCAUCUGCCUGCUGCUGGCCGCGGUCACCGUCAAGCUGUACUCCUCCUUUGACUUCAGCUGCCCCUGCCUGGCACGCUACAAUGCCCUCUACGGCCUGGGCCUGCUGCUCACACCCCCACUCGCCCUUUUCCUCUGUGGCCUCCUCGCCAACCGGCAGUCCGUGGUGAUGGUGGAGGAGUGGCGCCGGCCCACAGGGCACCGGAGGAAAGACCCAGGCGUCAUCAGGUAUAUGUGCUCCUCUGUGCUGCAGAGAGCACUGGCUGCCCCCCUGGUUUGGAUCCUGCUGGCCCUCCUUGAUGGGAAGUUCUUUGUGUGUGCCUUCAGCAGCUCCGUGGACCCCGACAAGUUUCUGGACUUUGCCAACAUGACCCCCAGCCAGGUGCAGCUCUUCCUGUCCAAGGUGCCCUGCAAGGAGGAUGAGCUGGUCAGGGACAGCCCUGCUCGAAAGGCAGUGUCUCGCUACCUGCGGUGCCUGUCACAGGCCAUAGGCUGGAGUGUCACCCUGCUGCUCAUCAUUCUGGCCUUCCUGGCCCGCUGCCUGAGGCCCUGCUUCGACCAAACAGUCUUCCUGCAGCGCAGAUACUGGAGCAACUAUGUGGACUUGGAGCAGAAGCUCUUCGAUGAGACGUGCUGCGAGCACGCGCGGGACUUUGCGCACCGCUGCGUGCUGCACUUCUUCGCCACUAUGCAGAGCGAGAUGCAGGGGCUGCGGCGGGACAGGGUGGGCAGGGGCGCCGAGCCUCCCGAGAUGCCCGAGCCCCCUGAGGCCGUGGACGGCGGAAGUGGGAAGGCUCACCUGCGCGCAGUCUCCAGUCAGGAGCAGGUGGACCAUCUCCUGAGCUCAUGGUACUCCAGCAAACCGCCUCUGGACCUCCGGGCAUCCCCCGGGCUCUGGGGGGUUGGCCUCAGCCACCGGGCCCCUACUGCCGCCCCCGGCACCAGGCUGUCCCAACACUCCCAUGUGUAGGGACCCCAGCAGUGUCCCCAUGUGGAGUGCCCCACUGACCAGGGUCCGGGGACUUUCCGGUUGUGGGGGCUCCAAGGCAGGGCAGCCUAGCCCUGUUGGCCUCCUUCCCCAAAAUAGCCCCAUCUGUGGCCUAGUUUCUGGGCGUGGCCUCUGGGGUUCUCUAAAGCAGUGCUUC